AUGGCAGUUACGGAUGGGUUGGUGAGCGAGGGGGAGUUUCUAGACAUCACAGAGAUCAAGAGGCAGCAGGCCGAGGACUACGAAUGCAUCACCAACAAUGGAGUGGCUCCAGCUGAUCAGCGCAAGGUCAAGGUCACGGUCAACUACCCUCCGAUGAUCACAGACAUGAAGAACAUGCCAGCUCAUUUGGGUAAGACAGCCAUCCUGCGCUGUGAAGCCAUGGCGGUCCCACCAGCCUCGUUCGAGUGGUACAGAGACGACCACAGGCCGGUGGAGAGUGACAACACCCUGAGGAUCAAAAACGAGAAGACGCGCUCGCUGUUGCUUUUCACCAAUGUGACAGAGAAACACUUUGGCAACUACACCUGCUUCGCCUCAAACCGUCUUGGCGCCUCCAACGCCAGCAUGCUGCUGUUUCGACCGGGGGCCAUACAGGGGCGAGGGACGGCCCUACACGCAGGAAUGAGCGUCAGCGUGUGUGUCUGGGUUUCUCUCUUUGCUGCUCUUCUGCUGAAGGUGUAAAGACGGAGCGUCGUGUGGAAUCGUCCCUAAAAGCCCCCGAAAGCCCCCGACCGCCCGCCGUCCCUUCCUUCCUCCCUCCACGCCUCCCUCCCCCUCUCCCUCCCUCCCUCAACGGAAGGAAGACGGAAAUGAAAUUCUUUAAUUACGAACCCAUCACUGUGAACAAAAAGAAUAUGCAUUAUUCCAGGAGCCAUCGAGUCAUCGCAUCAAACACACGACCGUCUCACCCGCCCAGAACCCCGGCACCCUCAAUUCCACUUUGAGGUCAAAUCAUUGUCAUUGUCAUUAU